AACUCAUUUUGUUUUGUUAGCGUAAGAAAAUCAAUCUGGUUUUGCUUGUUCAGAUCCAUUCGUUUCCCAUCAAAUAAACUUUGGAAAGCCGGCAUUUUUCCAUUAAUCGUCCCUCAAAAACCCAUUUUAUAAUGAGAAUUUUGAAGUUGGGUCUUUUACUAGCUUUAUUCUCUGGGUUCACAGCCAUUCUCAUCUACAUCAAUGAAUUCUUCAAUCAUGAUGAGAAUCAUCAAUUGUCACGUGAAGAUUGGGAUGCAUUGCAAUCUCUGCAAAGUGGUUUCCAAAAGUGUGUGAGUGCAAAUGGAUUAGGUUUACAAGCUAUAACGGGUAAAAAUUAUUGCCAAGUAACUCUAUCCUAUCCUAGUGAUACUGACUCCAAAUGGAGGGAUCCAAAAACUGGAGAACUUGAAGGUUUAUUAUUUGAGUUUAAUCUUUGUGAAGAAGUGGCCACAUGGGAACAGGUGAGGAAUAGUACAACAAUACUCACUAGGGAGUUCAUUGAUGCUUUACCAAAUGGGUGGGAGGAGUAUGCAUGGCGCAGGAUUAAUAAAGGAAUACUUCUGAACAACUGUAAAAACAAAGCUUUAUGCGUGGAGAAGCUUUCACUUGUCCUCCCUGAAACACCACCUUAUGUUCCAAGGCAGUUUGGUCGGUGUGCUGUUAUAGGCAACUCAGGAGAUCUUCUGAAAACAAGGUUUGGGAAGGAGAUAGAUAGCUAUGAUGUUGUCAUUAGAGAGAAUGGUGCCCCUAUUGAGAACUAUACAGAAUAUGUGGGCAAGAAAAGUUCAUUUCGACUUCUUAAUAGAGGAUCUGCCAAAGCUCUUGAUAAAGUUGUAGAGUUAGAUGAAACAAGGCAGGAGGUCUUGAUAAUCAAGACUACAAUUCAUGACAUUAUGAACCGGAUGAUUCGGGAAAUUCCAAUAAGAAAUCCUGUAUAUCUCAUGCUAGGUGCAUCAUUUGGUUCAGCUGCAAAAGGGACUGGGCUUAAGGCUCUUGAAUUUGCUCUCUCUGUAUGUGAUUCAGUGGAUAUGUAUGGUUUCACUGUGGAUCCAGGUUAUAAAGAAUGGACUAGAUAUUUCUCAGAAUCUCGGAAAGGCCAUACACCUUUGCACGGCAGGGCUUACUACCAGUUGAUAGAGUGUUUGGGUCUUAUCAAAAUCCAUUCUCCUAUUCGAGCUGAUCCAAACCGAGUUGUGAAGUGGGUGCCAAGUCGUCGCACUAUAAAAGCAGCUAGAAUUGCAUCAGAGAAAUUGUUGAGGAGGGUUGGGGCAGGAUCUGAAGAUCUGCUCGCUUCGUGCUCAAUAGUAAAGAAGCAAGUUAAAAGGAAACAUAUGUCGGUCCCUAGGCUAAGAAAGGCUGCUGUUGACCAUCAAAAAUUUGUGAAAGGCACAACCAUGUAUCCGUUGGAGCACAGUUCCGGACAUGGUCAUCUUUGCACGGUGCCAGUUGAUUGAAUCCAUGUAACCACGCUUGAUCAUACUCGCAUGGAGGUAAUUGGCAAAAUCUUUGAAAUAAUUGCUUGAUAUGUUCACACACACACACACACACACUAAAGGAUGAAAAACAGACGCCAAUUGGGGCUACUCAUGAAGCUGCUACAACCAGCAUACUCAUCUAAAAAGAUUCAUUUUUGCGAGCGAAAGGUUUCAGGCUGCAUUGCCUUCUCAAGUACCCUUCAUUCUAAAAGCAAGUGUAGAUUAGAAAGUCAAUUUUACAAAAUUGUGUGGAUUCAUUGUUACCUUUUAAGUGCUAAUAGGGUUCAUGUCAUACAAAACUCUUAAAGACGUACAGUUAACAUUCUAGCAAGUCCAUCAUUGUCUUGCCCUUGGAGCCUAUAUAAAUCAUGGUGUAGGAAGACAUUUUGGCUGUUGCUAGGUGCCUGAAACUUUUCCAUGAAAGUCAACUGAAGCAAAGGUGUAAGCAUCCAUGGUUGACAACAGAUUCACAAUUUGGAGCAUGAAACUUCUUGUGAGAAUGUAAACAAAAAGUAGUAGUAUAUGUGGUGAGGAGCAGGUCGCUAUGUGGGACAGCAGCUUUGUUCAUUUGUAAUGCAGGCAGCCAUACCUUUUAAAUGAUUCAAAUUGAAGGGUUUGAAUUUCCAGGCAUGUAUCAUGGCUAAUUUGUAAUGACAUUCUAUUGAUUAGUCCAUUGUUUCUUUACUCUUGAUGACCUUUUUGGAUGGAUUUUGCUGAAAUCUCAUAUGGGACAAACCAUCUUGUCAAUGUCCCCCAUUUGGUUGACAAUUUGAAUCAGACUUUCUUCUAAACUUUGUGAGUGAAGAAGCUUCUCAAUAUUGGAUGCA